GGAACAGAGUAUUCCGAAUUGAAUUGGCGCGAAUAGUGGACGUGUGUUUUAUUUAUUUUUUUUAUAUUUAAUUUUAUUAUUUUAGUGCAAAGAGGUUUCAUUGUGCAAUUUGAUUUUUUGGAUAAUAUUUUGUAAUUAAGUUCUUAGUGACAAGAGAAAAUAUUUUAACAGUCUAUGUGAAUAUUAUGUGAAGUUCUAAAAACAAAAUGGCGGAAAACGAAGGUCCAGUAUUGGUCAACGAUCUCCCGAUGACAUUCCAGGUCAAAUAUUUAGGUCAGAGUGAUGCAAGAGGUUUAUGGGGUAUCAAGCACACGAGGAAACCCGUGGACUUGAUGGUAGCAGCAGCCAAAGCCUUACCGCCAGGACAAGUGUUACCAUUAGUGAAAUUGACGAUCACAGUGGACGGAGUACACUUGGAAACAAUAAAACAGGAUAUCAAGAAUGAAUUCGAACAUAUGGCGGUGUUCUUCAAUAUCGAGUCCAUUUCGUACGGCGUCCAGGACCUGGUUUACACGAGGGUGUUCUCCAUGAUCAUUGUGAAGGACAACGCUGAUGUCAAGGGGUUGAAUCCGUUUGAAUGUCACGCAUUUGUCUGUGAAUCCAGAAAUUCCGCUAGACGUCUGACAUAUUCAUUGGCAGCAGCUUUCCAAGAUUAUUCUAGAAGAGUGAAAGAGAUGCAAACAGCAGAAAUAGACGAAAGACCUCCAAGCUUAAAGAAACGUUUUGCAAUUGACCUAAGAACACCGGAAGAAAUAGAAGCCGAUCUAGAAACAGAAGCGUAAACAAAACAAGAGAACACAAAACAAAAAAUAUUGUGAUCGUGGUAACUUAGACGUAUUAUUUAAUUUUAAUUUAUUUAAUAAUUGAAGAUUAAUUUAUUGUAUUUAUAAAUACAGAUAAAAACAAACAGUGUGUGGAUAGAAAAUGAAUAUUAUUGUACAAAAUUAGUUAUUAAAGAUUUACAUCAUGCUUGUAGUGAUAAUCAAAUAAUUAACAACAAAUUAUAGUUUAUAAUCACUUAAUCAAUAAUUUAUUUAAAUAUUGUAAAAAGGACAUCAUAGAUUAUAUAGAUUUUCUAUUCAAUUAAAUUUCUACUGACAUCUCGUGCCAGCUUAGAAUUGCCUUCAGUAUCAGUAUCAGUAACAGCCUGUUAAUGUCCCACUGCUGGGCUAAGUCCUCCUCUCCCUUUUUGGGGAGAAGGUUUUUUUUUUUUUUAUAGAAUAGGAAGGUGGACGAGCAUAUGGACCACCUGAUGGUAAGUGGUCACCAAACGCUCUUAGACAUUGGCAUUGUAAGAAAUGUCAACCAUCGCUUAUAGCCAAUGCGCCACCAACCUUGGGAACUAAGAUUUUAUGUCCCUUGUGCCUGUAAUUACACUGGCUCACUCACCCUUCAAACCGGAACACAACAAUAUCAAGUAUUGCUGUUUUGCGGUAGAAUAUCUGAUGAGUGGGUGGUACCUACCCAGACGAGCUUGCACAAAGCCCUACCACCAGUAAAAGCUUGGAGCUUAUUCCACCACGCUGCUCUAAUGCGGUUUGGUGGAAUACACAUGUGGCAGAAUUUCGAUGAAAUUAGACACAUGCAGGUUUCCUCACGAUGUUUUCCUUCACCGAAAAGCACGAGAUGAGUUAUAAACAGAAAUUAAGCACAUGAAAAUUCAGAGGUGCUUGCCCGUGUUUGAACCCACAUUCGUCGGGUAAGAUUCACGCGUUCUUACCACUGGGCCAUCUCGACUUAGAAUUAGAAUUGCCUUACAUAAGUUUAAUUUCAUUUAUCACUCAAAAGCUUAAGGUAAUAUUUUAAUAUGUAGAUAAGAAAUUAGAGAACUAUAUUUUAGAUAACUUUUGAUGACUUCAUUACAAAACAAGUGUAUAUAACGGCGAUUAUGUACAAAUGCAUUAUUGAUAAAUCGUACAUGUGGUAUGGAUUUUUACAAUCGGUGCUUGGACUAUAAACUUAAUAAUCUGAAUUAUCUUUGCUUAUUAACACAAUUGUCGUAUUAUUUAUUUUCAAUACAAACGCAUACCCAUAGAGUUCAAAUAGUCAAGAAUAGCGUUUUAGUAAUAUAGCUAUACAGCGUCUAUCGAAUGCCGUUACUCUAGCUUUGUCUAUGGAAACAAGAUGGCGUAACCAUAAAGACACAGAUAGAGCAGUUCGUCCAUUUUCAUAUAUAAGACAUAUAAAUUGUCACCGCUAUCCUAGAAAACCAAAGGCUUAAAAUGAAACCAUCUAAGAGAAGUAAAUAUUUAUAAUGCCUUA